UUGUCAUUUUAACAAAUGGCGAAUGAAUAGUGAAGAUAGGUUCUCAUGAGGAAAUAAGUUUUAUUGUUCUUUGAAACAUAAAUUACUUGUUGUGAUUGAAUACUUUUGUUUUCCUAACUAAAUCAUUAUUUAAAAUAAUAAAAUGUCGCGAUCAGUCCGAGCUGAAACGAGAAAUCGUGUGAAAGAUGACAUCAAGAGAGUCAUGCAAGCUGUUGAAAAAGUUCGCCAUUGGGAAAAAAAGUGGGUGACAAUUGGCGAGACAACUAUGAAAAUAUAUAAGUGGGUGCCUAUAUCCACGAACGAACAGAAAAAGAAGCAUGCGGCGAAACGUGAAAACAAGGAGAAUACACUGACGCCGAAGAAAACUCACGACUCCUCCAACUCUAACUUUGGUAUGGCUGAAGAUUCUAACACAUGCUUUUCCACAGUGAGUGACUCCCAAGGCCCGACAGAGUUCAAUUCCACACAUUUCUCUGAGGACUCCAACUCACAGAGCAGUGGUACCAUAACUCCAGCUAAACGGUUAAAAACUGACUGAAAUACAAGUAGAAAAUAAAGCCCGAAGGGUUCAAGGACCUAGCUAUGUGCUACAAUGGACUAAUAUUGUGCCACUGGAUGAUAUUAAUAUGCAAUAUGUGAUGUGGAUUUUAUUUAUAGGC